CUCCCACAGGGGAGUUAUGAAUGCUGCUGUGCUGACUGGUUCAUUUCAUAUCUCAAGCAGUGCAAGACAGAUCACCAGUAAGCACAAGAAAGCUGUCAGACAUUGGAGGGGGACAGACGGAAGGACUUCUCAUUCUCCCCAGGCAUGUAUCUCCAUGCAAGACUACUUCUACUCAUUGUUACAUCGGCCAUUACUGGUGCAGAUAUCCCUUAUUAUGUUCCCCAGAUCACAACAAAGCCAAUUCUUGGAAAACUGACAUCUUCAAGUUUUGUUCUGGAGCAGCCACAGUGCAUCUUCCAGCAGUACAAAACAAGUCUGGUCUGGUUGGUUGUUGCUCUAAACAGAGUCAUUCCACAGCUCAGUUAUACACAGUUGAGUAAUCCAGCCAACAUUUCAUCAUUCGAAACAAAUGGAUUUUAUCACACUCUCCCUGUAUUUGGAGGUGACUACCCAUGUGCUGAUACAUCUGGACAACUUAGUGCAAUGAUAUAUGUGGGCUCUGAUGUAAACUGCAGUAACCCUUUAUUCUGCAAUGGCCCUGUGCCCUCUCGUGGAACCUACCGAGUAAGAUUUGUUGUGCUGAAUGGGACAGUAAUGGAGACAGGAACGCGUUGGUCAGAAGUAAUUACAAUGCACAUAGCAAUCAACUCAUCUACGAUUAAAACAGAGCCAAAAAGGCCUAGUUCCGGAAUGAUUGUCAUUAUCACUAUACUUGCGAGUCUUCUGUUUAUUUUAUUGGUCUGCCUCAUUGCCGCUGUUUCACUUGGAAGUAAGGAUGUGUGGUGGUUCAAGAAUAUAAAAUUUAAAGAAAAGAAAGAGCCAGCUGUGUCGGUCGAUAAAGAUUCAUUUUACAGAACUCAUCCUAUGUAUUCUGUACAUAAUCGCAAGCCAUACAUUACUAUGACAAAGGAUGUUGAAGAAUACACAGUAACAUAGUAAGAAAAAAAGGACAGAUUAAAAUGAGCCUUCCAGUUCUUUUACCCAGAACUGAUAAUAUAUUUACAGUAUUUUUCAUGUUAUAAUUCUAGUGUGUCAAAGCAAACUUCCCAGGUGCAUCAAUGUAUAGAAGAAAAUGUAAUUUUUUUUUUUAAUAAUGUAAACAUACAAUAUUUAUAAACUUUGUUAAAUGAUUGUUACAUUUAUUAUAAUAAAAAUAAUAAUAAUAAUAAUA